ACUCUAUCUCUCUAAAAAAAAAGAGAACCGCUCACUCAAACCCUCACAGCAAACAGCCAGCCUCUUCCUCCUCCACCCACCAAAAGAAAAAAACCAUGUCUCAACCCAUCUCCCCCUCCCUCCUCUCCUCCAUAAAACAAGACAUCCACACCCUCCUCACCCAACCCACCUACGACGACGGCAGCGCGGGCCCCAUCCUCGUGCGUCUCGCCUGGCACAGCUGCGGAACCUACUCCCUCACAACCGACACAGGCGGCAGCAACGGCGCAGGAAUGCGCUACGAAGCCGAAGGCGGCGACCCGGCCAACGCCGGUCUGCAACACGCUCGCGUCUUCCUCGAACCGAUCAAAUCCCGCUACGGCCAGCACAUUACGUAUUCGGAUUUGUGGACGUUGGCGGGCGUCGUGGCUGUGGAAGCUAUGGGUGGACCGCGAUGCGAAUGGAAAGGCGGCAGGACGGAUUUUGUGGAUGAUAGUAAACUUCCUCCGAGAGGGAGAUUGCCUGAUGGGGCGAAGGGGAGUGAGCAUUUGAGAGACGUGUUUUAUCGAAUGGGGUUUGGGGAUCAGGAAAUUGUGGCGCUGUCGGGUGCGCAUAAUUUGGGGAGAUGUCAUGCCGAUCGAUCGGGGUUUGAGGGUGCCUGGGUGAAUUCUCCCACGAGGUUUUCGAAUACCUAUUUUAAAUUGAUGAUUUCCGAGGAGUGGAAGGAGAAGGUCUUGGAGAAUGGGACAAGACAGUUUGUGCAUUAUGAUGAGGACUCCGGGGAGGAAUUGAUGAUGCUGCCCACGGAUUUGGCGCUCGUGCAGGAUGAGAGCUUUCGGCCGUGGGUGGAGCUGUAUGCUCGGGAUAAGGAGAGGUUCUUUGCGGACUUUGCCAAGGCUUUUGCAAAGUUGUUGGAACUGGGCAUUGUACGAGACGAGAACGACCGGGUGGUCAAUUCGGAUAAUGUCAAGGGCGGAUAUCACAGUGCACCCAAGAAGAGCAAUCGGCCAGGAAAGCCAGAGGAGGUGGAUCGAUAUGGCGAGGCCGAGCCUCUGAGGAAAGAGAAUGAAGAGUUUCAGAAGCAGCAGCAGCAGCCAGAGAUACGAUCGAGGUUGUAGGAGAUGUGGCGAAGCUCGUUGCCUUCUUCCCACUCGGUGUUUGUGGUCCCGGUGGUGCUCUCAAAUACCACAAAGGAUGAAACUUUUUCCGUCUACAGAACAGUAUACACGAAUAGAACUAGACUCAUUUCAGUAACGGAUGAGAUGGUGAC